GGUUUGAUCUUCAUAGGUGCCCAUACUUUGGCAGGAGUGCAGGAUCACGCUGUGCUUGUGUGUCCUUGUGCAGGCUCCUUAUCCAGUCCGUAGCAGAGAGUGGAUUUGCACAGAGGCACCGCGCAACAUGAGGAACUUACUGGGUCUGCAGAGGCUGGCGUUUCGGUCCUUUUCCUCGACAGCAAGGAACCAGCUGAAGAACAAAGUGCCAGAGAACCAGAAGAUAUUCCAGGAGGAUAACGGGCUCCCGGUCCACAUCAAGGGGGGCACGGUGGACGUGCUGCUCUAUCGCUUCACAAUGGCCAUCACUCUCGGAGGAACUGGGUUUUCCCUCUAUUGGCUUCUAGCCGCCUCUCAGCCCAGGAGGAAAUAAGAGAGGAAAUGAGAAUCCAGACUCUCCGGCAUCACUCUUCAAUGAGAAUAGAGAGUCACUUCUCACUUUCAGUACCUGAGGUCCACCAAACCAAAACAUGCCAACCACUGAACCUUGUGACAAUCAUUAAAACAAAUAUAUUUAAAAAAAAACACAACACAGUAUGUACGAAAUAAAAUGUUUUUAAUAUACAUGUCAGAAAAAAAAAAUAAACUUGCUUUAUUUCGUUUU